AUGGUAUCGAGGGGUUCCGGCUCUGGUCGUCGGGAGGCUGCCUCUACGGAAGAGCCUGCUAUUCCUCUGCUAUGCGACUUGUGUCCUAAGAAAGGCCAAUUCUCCGACAUUUCCCAUCUCUUGACGCAUAUCUCGUCGAAAGGCCAUCUUUCUUGCAGGUUCACAACUGACAUGAAGGCAAAGGCUGGUGACAUCAACGCCGCAAAGAAAAUGCGGGAUUUCGAGAAGUGGUAUGCUGAGAAUGGAAUCGAUGGUCUUCUCCAGGAUCGAAUCACAUCCAAGGAGCGUCGAGUCAAGAAGUCCCGAGGCCAGGGAGGACUAGCAACAACUAGAACAGCACGCUCUCAGCCUUCGCGCCAUGCCUCGGUCAAAUCUGAGCCCACUGAAGACAUGGAAAGCAUGCGGUGGGAGUUCGGUCCCAUGCGGCUCCGUCCAACCAACACGGGACGUCAUAGUCAGUCCGUUUUCGAGACACCUACUACUCGACGCACGCGAUCAUCCGCCCAGUUCCCAGAUUUUGACAAGAAGAUUGACAAGUUUGAGAAGUGGGAGACUUUUGAGACGGAGUUUUCUGAUGUGACAGACUUGAUUUACCUUGAUACCACCGAAGACAUAUACGAAUCGACCGUCAGCAAGCUCAAGGGUAUCAAGUACCCCGGCAUGGCUGUGUUUGAUUCUGCUACGCCUGAUCAGAGGAGGAAGCGCAACCAACGCAAGCACGAGUCUGUUAUAACCAACAUGAAGCGAUCUUCAGAGGCAAUCGAGCCUACGGAGUGUAUCUGGCAAGGCAUUGGCAACUUCGAACGGAGUCGCGACAUAUACGCCACGCCUUCUGUGGAUGGUAGUCCAGUGAGUAGAAAGGCCGAGCUCCAGGGCAACCGGAAGCGGAAGAAGCCAGCCCGCCUGGACCCCGAUCAGGAACUCACAAGCAAGCGCCGGGCCAAAGCACCAGUCAAGGUCGGAUCGACGAGAAACAACUCUGGUGUCUCUCUUCGAAGUCUGUCUACAACAACCAUGAAGCCAAUCUCGGACAGCUUCGACGAUGACUCUUGGGACAUGGAUAACACUGCCCCAGAUACAGGAGAUGUUUUCCAAGAUGAUGACAAUUCGCGAGUCAUCAAUCGGAUAGUCAGUCCUGUUCACGAUACGAGGUUCCAGUUCCAUCGUCGACCAGCACUGCAGCAACUCGACAGUAACGCCAUGAUGAUCCCACCCACACAGACCCCAAAGCACAUAUCCUAUCCAUUCAUGGGCCACACUAGUCACCUGCGUGACUUGCGUGACUUGCGUGGCCCUAUCAACCAGCCAGACUUCACGCUUGGUUACAUGAUACCACCGCAGUCCGCCGAUGGCAACAGUUUCAAUCCUCUUUACAUGCAGGGUCGGGGUCCAGCAUACCAGCAAUUCCAUGGUGCAGUAUAUGACAGCACAGACCGAACUCCUACAACCACUUUUCAACCAAUCAAUGGCGGUAGAUAUGGAUACCAGGCUAUGCAGCACAGCAACUCCCCUGUCAAUGCCGCUCAAGUCUGCCUCCAACACAACGGCGACCAUGUUGACUUCCAGCUCUGA